AUGUUGAGGGCUCUUUACAGUUAUGCUGGGGGGUUCCGUCAAGAAAUUGCACCUGCUCUCUGUUUCAACGGCGCUUUCUGUUCUAGCGAGCUCGAUCCCAAGAACUCUAUGUAUUCGGACACUCGUGUCGACAACAGCGUCAACCGACAAUACGCUUGGCUACAGUGCAACGACCUGAUUAGCGGUUACAUCGUCGGUGCGCCGCAGAAUGAGACUUCGUUAGUAAGUCGCCUUACAACAGCAGAGUUUUUUCUCAAACAGUGCGCUCUGUUCUUUCCUGAUGGUCCGAAUGGAGAAACUUUUGGUGCGAAGAGAGCCCAGACAGCACAUACACUCAACGAGUACACAGGUGGCUGGUGGCCUAAAAAUGCAACACGCAUUAUUUAUAGCAGUGGCGGCCGUGAUGUAUGGCGCGAGAUGGGUGUUGCAGCUCAGCGGCGACCCGGCGGACCAAUGCAAAGUAUACCAGAUCAGGAUGUAGUCGUCCAUGUUAUCGAGAGUGGAUUUCAUCACAGCGAGCUAAUGACGCGCACUGCGGAGAUGCACCUAGAAGUACGUAAAGUGCGAGAUCUUGAGGUUGAACAGAUAUGCAGUUGGGCACAACAAUGGCCAGGCUACCGUUAG